CGGCGAGCUUCAUUUGUGAUUGUGUGUGUGCGUUUGAUAGAGGAGCGUCGCGCCCAAAAUUUUAAACCAUGAGUUGGGCGGUGGAGGAGUGGAAGGAUGGACUUCCGGCAAAAGCCCUGCAGAAGAUCCAGGAGAUGGAAGCUCAGCUGGAUAAAGCAAAGAAGGAAAGGACCCAGAAACAGUUUCAGCUGGAAUCUCUAGAGGCUGCGCUGCAAAAGCAGAAACAAAAGGUGGAUAGUGAGCGCACAGAAACCUCUGCUUUGAAAAGAGAGAACCAGUGUUUAGUAGAGUCAUGUGACUCUCUGGAGAAAGCUCGUCAGAAGGUUGCCCAUGAACUUGGAGUCAAAGAGCAACAGGUCAGCUACCUGGAUGGUCAGCUGAACUCCUGCAAGAAGACCAUAGAUAGACUGGAACAGGAGCUCAAGAAGUACAAAAGUGAACUGGAUCGUUCUCAGCCUGCUGGCUCGUCUUCCAUGUCAUCCUCCGCCUCUGAGCUUCAGCCUUACGUGACUCCACAGAAAAGUUUCUCUACCCCUGCUCCAGUGGCAGCCUACCGACAGCAGGAUAAUAGAUUGGAGGAGCUUCAGGAGAAAUACAGCCAGGAGGUAGAAGAAAGGAAAAGACUUGAGACUGAACUCAAAGUGUUGCAGGUCAAAUUGCUGAAUCAGUCAUCGGUCAGUGUAAGCCACAAGGACAUUGCUGCCCGCCAAACUGGAUCCUCCAUAUUCCCAUGGCAACAGCAAAAUCAGUCUCAGAGCCACCAGUCUCAGGAUGCAAUGGAAACGCCUUUGAAGAGGAGAGGGACAUCAAUGUGGAACGCUCAUGAGGAGACGCCUAUCAAAACUAGCCAGAGAAUGAGCUCUUCCCAAGCAUUGCAGAGUCCAAGUGGAUCCUCCCAACAGAUGGAACAACUGAAGACUCUCAACCAAGAACUCCGUGGCCGUGUGUCUGAGCUGGAGAGGAAUCUGUCCAGUCAUGAGAAGGAUGUCCGUAUUCAGGCCUCCAAACUGCAGGAACUGCAAACACAACUGAAUCAGGCCCGCAAAGACCUGAAUGAACGGGACAGAGACCUGUCCAAAAUGAGCCACGAUCUGAGUCAGGUCACAGACAAACACCAGCAGGUGGAGUCCAAGUGUUGCUCAGUUGAGCAGAGGCUGAAACAAGUCACGGAGGAGAUGAGCUGUCAGAGGCACAACGCCGAAAUCUGCCGACGUUCCCUGGAGCAGAAACUCAAGGACCAAGAGAGAGACAGUCAGAAGGAACUUGGCCAGCUCCAGAGUUCUCAUCAUGCUUUGGAUCAGCAGCUGAACCAGACCCGAACCAAGUUAACACAAGAGAUCCAACAGGCCAAGAAAGACUACAAUGUCCUGCAGGCCAGCAUGGAGAAGAUGUCCUUCCAGAAGAGUCAGAUGGAGAAGGAGUUGGAGGAGCAGAAACAAAAACUGCUGCGGUCAGAGCAGAGCCUUCAGGCCACUCAGACCAGAGAGCAGGACGUCCGCAAGAAGAUGGAGGAGGUGCAAAGAGACAAGAACACUUUAACGGCCCAGUUUGACCAAAGCAGCAGGCGUCUGUCUCAGUUGGAGGAUGAGAAGAAGACUGGCGACCAAAAUCUCAAACGCACUCAGGGACAACUGGAUGACCUCAGAGCUAAAGCAGAGGGACAAGUGGAAGAGCUGAAAAAACUUCAGUCCAAACUGGAGCAGCAGACUCAGUCUUCAUCCUGUGAGCUGGAAAACCUGAGAAAGACUCUUUCUGAUGCAGAAACCACAAAUAACCGAUUACAGAGUGAACUGCAGAAACAGAAGCAGGAGGUGGAGCGGCUGACCAACAGGUUGACAGUACUAGAGAAAGAAAGCCAAGACCUGAAAUCGAAUCUAACUGCGAGUCAGAAUGAUUUGAAGGAAGCGAAACAAGAACAUGAGGCUCUGCUGCAGUGGAAGAAAGAGAAGGAGUCAUUGAUCAAUGGAAGUGAAGCCAUGCAAAAGGAGCUCACAGGCAAAAUUAGCAGCUUGGAGGAGAGUCUUCACUCGCUAAAUCAGUCUAAUGAUGAACUUAAGAAGCAGCUUGUGGGUGUAGAGGGAGAUAAGUCAAGUCUGUCUGCUCACGUUGACUCCCUGAAGGGAGAACUCCUCAACAAGUGCACAGAGCUGGAGCAAAAAGAGCACGAGCACAAUCAGCUCCAGUCUCAACUGUCCGAGGCUGGACAGAAACACAGCAAAGAUCUGGAGAAUAUUGGUGUCCAAGUGGUUCAACUCCAAGCUCAGGUGAAAGAUCUGGAGUUACAGUUGCAGAAAGAAAUGACUCGAGCAGAACAAGCUGAGAGGAGAAACACAGAGCUCCAGGAAGAGCACCAGGCAGCCUGUGAUCUGGUUCACUCCAAAGAACAGCUGGUUGAACUGGGCCAGGCUGAGAUCAUUCAGCUGAGAGAAAGCCUCGAUCAGUCCACUGCACAGCUGGAGGCACAAAGUCUCAGGUGGACAGAGGAGAAGGCAGCUUUGCUGCAGCAGUGUGAAGAGACUGUUUCAGCAAAGGCUGAAGAGAUGGAGCAGAUCAAGCUGCAGUUGGAGGAGACUCAACAAGAGCUGCUGCUCACCAAAAACCAGGUCAGCUCCACAGAGAAGUUCCUUAAGCUUCAGGAGCAACUGGGAGCCGAGCUGAAGAAAGAAAUAAAGACACUGACAGAAAAUGAAGAGGAACACAAAAAGAUGUUGGAUAAGAAAUCGGAAGACCUCAAACUAUUGGAAGAUGAGCUAAAGGUUCAGAAGGGCCUGACAGAAGAGCGGGAAAAGCAGCUCAAAGAGGCAGAAGCCCAGAUUGUAUCUGUGGAGAAACAAAGGGAUGAGCUGGAAAAUGCUGCACAAGAGUUGAAGAAAGAAGCAGAGAUCUUUCAGCAUGGUCAAAGUGAGAGGAUCGACCAUCUUUUGGUACAAAUAUCUUCUUUAGAAGAAAUGGUAGCUGCGAACAAAGAUGCAACUGAUAAGCUUCCAGUCCUGAAGCAUGAACUGGAUGCGAUGAACCAAUCCCAUGCUGAUCUUAAAAAGUCUCUAGAAGCUCUUGAGAAGAGUCACUCAUCCAUUGUUGAAAUCAAGACCAACCUGGAGAACACCUUGACUGAGAAAAGUAGCCUGAUGUCUGCUUUGGAACAAGAAGUCAAAGAUGUCACAGAGAAGAUGAUGAAAGAGUCGGAGAGUCACACUCUAGAGAUCAAACAUUUUCUCCACAAAGAGAAGAGCUAUAAAGAAAAACUUGACACUGCGAAGAAAUCAAUGACUGUCACCAAAGCAGAGUCCAGUUUGUGUCGAGAAGAGAUAAAGACCAUGAAGACGACUCUGUCUGCGGCUUCCUGUGGCUUGGAGGAAAGAGACAACACGAUAAAGAGUCUAAAGGAUAGGCUGAACAAAGCAGAGGCAGCACAUGCCAAAACCUCAGAGCAGCUGAAGGAGAAGAUGGUCGCCAUGAACAAAAUCAAGGUCCAGUUGGAGAUGCUACAAAUGGACCUGGAGGACAACGAGACAGCCAUGAACUCCUUUGACAGUCAGGUGGAGGAACUGAAGGCGACUAUAGCGUCACUGGAGGCUCACCUCGAGCAAAACCAGAGCCUGAUGUCUGACAUGGAGAUCAGGCUGGAGGACAGCAAAGCCCAGGUUUCUGUUUUGGAAUCCCGUCUAGAGGAGGUCCAGUCCCAGAACUCAGUGCUAGAGUCAAAGUACAUCACAGCUAAAGAGGACUUAUUUGAGAGGACCUGUGAAAUAACUCGGCUAGAAGAGGAUGCUGUUAAACAAACCCAGUUAGAGGAAAACGUUGUUGCAUUGGAGUCUAAACUUAAUCAGAUCACAGAGGAAAAUAUAAGGUUAGAGACCACCCUAGGGCAGAUGGCUGAAGACAAAGAGAACAAUCUCAACCUGUUUCUCCAAGAGAAAAACAGCCUAGAGUCUCAUUUAAAAGAGUUAACAGAUGACAAAGAGCUAGUAAUGAAUGAAAUAAUUCAAGUUAAUGCUGAGAAGAAACAGCUGGAAGUCAGUUUAGACAAACUAUCUGAGGAGAAUAAACAAUUACAGACCAGUGUUCAGCAUUUAACUGAAGACGGGCAGCAAAUGGAAGAAAAGCUCCAUCAAAUGGCUGCUGAAAAACAUGAAGUUGAAUCAACUGUUUGUCAGGUCACAGAAGAGAAGGCACAGCUGGAUGUCACCCUCCACCUGAUCAAUGAAGAGAAGAUCAAACUUGAGACAAAACUUACUGAAUUAACUUCUGAGAAAAAUGAUUUGGUUUACAAAAUGACUCAAGUAGUCGAGGAAAAGCUUCAGCUGGAAAUUAACUAUAAUCAGCUGACUGAGGACAACAUCAAGCUACAGAAAAGCUUGAAUCAAAGAGCUGAAGAGAAGCUGCAGUUACAGGAAAGCAGUGAGAGACAAGAGAAGGAGGUGGCUUUACUCAAAGAGAAGAAUGAGUGCAACCAGCACUUGCUGCAGGUUUCAGAGGAGGAGCACAAAAAGCUUAAGGAGCAACUCAACCUGAGGGAGAAGACGAUGGAGGAGGAGAACAGAGAGAGGAGCCAGCAGUUUGAGGCAGAGCAGACCGCACUGCAUCACAAACUCACUGGCUUACAGACGGAGCUGACUGCGUUGAAGGAGCGGUACGAGUCACUGCUGGAGCAGGCGGACCAGCAACAGAGCCUCAUUCAGCAACUCUCAGCACCAGUGGAAAUCCAGAGACCAGGAGAAAACAUCGGCAACACUGAGUCUGAGCCAACAGAAACUGGUGUUACCUCAGAGGAAUUAGCAGAACAGAUCGAUGGUGAGCCAGCGUUUGAUACAAGUGCAAAUACUGAGUCUCUCUCAGUAAAGGAACCUCUGCGCCCUGUGGUGUUAGACCUGCAUGAACUCUCCCACCAGUCAGAGGAGGAUUUCAGCGAGGUACAGUUGUUCCUCAAGGAAGACAAUUUUGAUCAGGAGAUGACACGGGAACAGCCAGAGAAGGAAGGUCAGGCUCAUGUGUCUGAUGAAGAGGAGAUGAGAAAUAAUGAGGAUGAGGAGCCACUACACCAACAUCAACCCUUAGAUCAGGCUUCCGAAGACGGCAAUAUUCCCAGAGAUGUUCCCAAUUAUGAACCUGGUGUCCGCGAAGUGUCUCAAACCAAAGAAUUGCAAUCCUGUGCAACAGAUGCAUCACAGGAAUACAGUGAUGUUACUCCUUACAAGGAAAUGAUCAUUAAACAACAAAGCGAACUCCAGACCUUGCGCUCAGACUUUGACCUCCUAAAGUCUGAACUGACGCUCAGGAAGGAGCUGACCUCUGACCUGGAAGUUCAACUUCAAAACUUAAAGGAAAAAGUUAGUGCAGCAGAGGAGGCGGCAAACAGUGCUGCACUUAAACUAAAUGCUGCUCUGGAGGAGAAGAAGGAUCUUACUUACCAGUUGGCACAGCUGUCGGAGGAGAAGGAGACAUUCACGCUACAGUUACAAACAUCGAAAUGCCAACUGGCUGAUGUCAUAGAGAUGCUGGAAGGACUAGAGAUGGCCAAAGGUGGAUGGGAUGAGAAGUUCCUCCAGCAGGAGAGUGAACUGAAGAGGGUUCGCUCUGAGAAAGCUAACCUGGAGCAGCACAUCCUGGGCAUGGAGUGUGACCUGGAGAUGCUGCAGGAGGAGAGGAACAGACUGAAAGAUGAGAUAGAGACGCUCAAAAGAACUUGUUCAAGCAUGAACCAGCAGAUAGAAACAUUCAGGACAGAGACGAUUCAACUGAGAUCUGAGCUUGUGUCCUGCACUGAGGAGCGUGAUGAGCUGCACCAGACUUUGGGACAAUGGAAAGAUAAGGUUAACAGUCUGGAAAAGACGAACUGUGACACCAGGCACCUGAUUUCCAUUCUGGAGGAUGAUAUCAGAGCAGGGAGAAAAGAGUAUGAAGCCCUGCAAGGCACAGAGGAGAAACUGAGGACAGAAAUGCAGCAGCUGUUGGAGAAGAUUAAUACGCUGGAGCAGGCGAUCUCUGAACAGAUUGGAGAGAGAGCCGAGCUAAUUGGUUGUCUUAACCAGUUCAAAGAAGAACACACUUCUGCAUAUCAAAACACUGAGAGCAUGGAAAGCAAGAUACAGACUUUAGAGGGAGAGGUGAAUCGUCUCUCACAGUCUCUGGAGUCCUCUCUUCUGGAGAAAGGAGAGAUUGCUUCUCGUCUGAACUCCACUCAAGACGAGGUCCGGCAGAUGAGGACUGGCAUUGAAAAACUUCAGGUCCGCAUUGAGUCAGAUGAGAGGAAGAAAAGGAAGAUGGGAGAACUGCUCAAAGCUGCCCAGAGAAAGUUGGACACACUGCAGGAUCGCAUUGAAGCCUUGGAGCGAGAGAAGGAAGAUACAGAGCAAAGUCUAGAGGAAGCUGUUAUACAGGCGGAGACGGCCAAAGCUGAGUUGGAGGAAGAAAGAAGAAAGGUGGAGGAGGAGAAGAGAGAGCUCAGUGAGAAUCUGUCAGAGCUCUCUGCCAUGCUGGCAAACCUACGAUCUGAGAAAGAACACAUGGAGAGAGAGCUGGAAACAAAAAACAAGGAGUUAGAGGAACUGAGGGCCACUAAGGAGGAGCUCGAGCAAAAACUGGAGAAGGCAGAAGUAGACAGACGACAGGAAGAAAAGAGACAGAAAACCAUGGUUGAAGAGCUUGGGAAAAGGACAAAAGAAGAAGCAGAGCAACAAAUCAAAAAGGCAGGCGACCUCCAGACGCAACUGGAAACCUCUCGGCUAAGGGAGAUCUCACUCAACCAAAAGAUCACAGAAACGGAAGAGGAGAAAGACAUAGUGCAAUCUCUGCUGGUCGAGCUAGAGAAGGAAAAACAUCUUCUACAGACAGAAGGAGAGAGGCUCUGCUCUCAGAGAGAUGAGUGGGAGAACGAGAGAAACAACCUGAGGAGCUGUGUUGAGUCUUUGGAAGAAGAAAUUAAAGAGUUUAAAUUGUCCAUAAAAGCUAAAGAGGAAGAUUUAGCACUUUUGGAAAAGGAAAGGGGAGAGGAGGAAACCGAUAAGAGGCAAGCACUUGUAGAAUCUAUCUCAUCUCUUAUGACGGAGAAAGAACAGAUGGAGGGGAAAAAUAUACAACUGGUAGAGGAACAAGACAAGCUGAGAUGCACCUUAAUGUCAGUGGAAAAAGAGAGAGAUGACCUGCGCUGUACUCUUGCAUCUGCAGAAGAAGAGAAAGAAAGGCUAGAGCAAGAGAAGGAGACGGCCAUUAAUGAAAACCAGAAACUUCAGUCCCAUGUUGCUCUGACAGAAAAGGAGAAACUUGAGCUGCAAGAAACACUUUCUUCAUUUAGACAAGAGAAGGACAGAGUGGUGGAGGAGAAACAAAUGUUAGAUGUUGAAAAGCGGGAAUUGCAGUCAUCUAUUACUGUGAUUGAACAGGAGAAAGAGAACCUGCGCUCAGCUCUGACUGCACUUGAGGAAGAGACACAAAAAGCAGAAGACGAGAGAAAGAAACUCACAGAGGAACAAGAGAGCCUUCGCUCUAUUGUCACCUUGAUGGAAAAAGAGCUGGAAACGCACAAACUGUCCAUGGUACAGUUGAAUGAACAGGUGUCAGAGCUAACGUCCCGCACAGCUCGCCUAACCAAGGAGAGAGACUCUGCUCUGAGCAAAAUGAAUCUCUGGAUGAAAAACUACAAACGGCUUGAGCAGGAGAAGAAGCAGGUGUCAGACAAUUCAGAAAAUGCAAACAACAGUGAGGACGUUCAGAUGGGUGUAAACCAGCUGAAGCUCGAGUCACAGGAAAAAGCCAAGGAGCUGGAAGAAGUGAGGGCAGUCCUUGAAGUAAAGACAAGGAAAUUAGAAGAGAGGGAAAAGGAGCUGGAGGAGAUGAAGAGUGAGCUGGAAGAAGUGACAAAACUUCUGGAGGAGAAAAGCACAGAGGCUGACGAGUGCAUGGAUAAAUACUGCAGCUUGAUGAUUCAAGUCCACAAACUCGAGGAGUCUAACAAUGCACUGACAACACGGAUGGAACAGAUUACUGCGAGCCAACGUGCCAAUGAAUGUAACACACCCUCUGGCAUCACUGGUGGUGCUCCUCGCUGCCGGCGCUCAGGAAGGAAGUCUUCCUCCAAACACGGGGCAGAAAAGAUACACGACAACACAGAGAACAUGGUUCCUUUAACCCCUCAGAGGUCUCCUCUGGGCUCAAGUUCAGGGAAACGGGGUCACCAAGACAGCGCCCAGGAGGCCCUGCACAACCUGACAAAGAAGAUCAAAGCCAACACUCUGGCCACACCCAACGCAAAGUCUGAACAAGAGGAGGAGGAGUUCAGGCCAGAGGGACUUCCAGAACUGGUGCAGAGAGGUUUUGCCGAUAUUCCUAUGGGGGAGAUGAGUCCUUUCAUCGUGAGGAGAACCACAGUGAAGCGCUCUAGUCCGCGCUUGGCAGCCAAACAGACUAGGCUUAUAGCUGCACCUGACGGCCAGAGUCCCUCUGCAGACAGGAAGUGUCUUUCCCCGAGCGGCGAGGAGAAACAAGGAGACAACUGUCGUGUUCAGUAGACAUAAUGUUAACACACACAAACACACAGUCUUGCCCAUGUGAAAUACACCCAUUUACUCACUGCACUGCAGAAGCAACAUCUAACUUUCACCUGAAGCAGCUUAAACAUCCACACUUUUUCUUCUCAGCAUUAUUUUUCAUUACUGUCUCUCUAAAACAUGCGUCUUCACUCUCUAAGAGUCUGUUUAUUUUUACCGCUUGUUCUACCUUUUGUCUUUUUUUUUACUGUCCCUUUCUUUCUGGAGUAUCUUAGAGAUGUUUAUUCUGUACAUGAAACACAAAUAACAGCUUCAUCCAACUAAAUUUAUCAGCUAACGGCAGCUAAUGUAGACCCUUCGCUCUGACAUUUGAAAGAUGUUUUUUAUUUCUUAUCUCUUUGUAGCAAAUAUGUAAACGAGCUCCAUCCAUUUUUAUUUAGAUAAAGACUCAUUUUUUUGAUCAUUGUAAAUAGUUGAUGAAUGAGCCUGUUUUUAACUAAACCUUCAAAGUUCAA